CUCCCAGGCGGCCACGUCGGCCAGCCGACGGCCACUCGCUUCGGCUGGCUCCCUGCCCUGCGCUCGCCCCCACCCUGCACACAAAAACUGGAGCACGAGCAGCUCCGGUGAGGAUUCAUUCGUUCAGCAGCAGGGGAGGAGGAGGAAGAAGAAGAGAGCAAGCGGCUCCGUUCCCAACCAUAUCCCAUGGCGCAGUUCGCCGUCCUCCGCGCGUCUCCGGUGGCCGCCGCCACCGCGGCGCCGUCCUUCUCCUCCUGCAUGUCCGGACGUGCAGCAUGUUCACUGCGCGUCACCUCCAGCAAGAGGCGCGUCUUCUCCAGGACCGGCAGGGCGCUGUCCAUCCGGUGCGAGCAGAGCGCGAAGCAGGGCGGCGGCGGCGCCGACGUGUGGCUGGGCCGCGCCGCCAUGGUCGGCUUCGCCUCGGCGAUCUCCGUCGAGGUGGCCACCGGCAAAGGCUUCCUCCAGAACUUCGGCGUGGCGACGCCGGCGCCGACGCUGGCGCUGGUCGUGUCGGGGCUCGUCGUCGGCCUCGCCGUCUUCUUCCUGCUCCAGUCCGGCUCGCGAGACUGAACGCCGGUGAACGAGCAGUCGAACAUCUGCAGGGUUCAGUGCUGAAGGUUCGUCGUCGGAGGCUGCUCUGCAAACGCAUCCAGUUUGUUCCUCGAUCGUCACAUUUUCCCUUGUACCAUCGUCUAUGUAAUGUAGUAACUGACAAUCAUCUACAGUUAUUUCAAAAAAAAAACAAUCAUCUACAGAAUGCUGCUGAAAAAAGACAAUCAUCUACAGAAUGAGCCUCUUAAGUUUUGGUGAAAAAAAAAAGAACAGUUCGUGUGUUA